AUGGAUGAACGCAACAACUGGAUAGUUAAUACAAGAGUAUUAUACGAUUUUAUAAGCUGUAUAAAGUUGCCGCAACAACCUCUUUCAGUGGAAUUUACACAGACAACUGUCCACCAAGAUUAUUCCGAUGAAAUAUCAUUCCAACAAAUCGCAUGCGGACUUCAAUAUGAAACAACAGAUGACGUUUCGAUUUACAUUAUAGAUGUCGCACUACCUUCUCAACCACUUAAAGAAGAAUUAAAAAGAUACUGUAAAUGCCUGGAUUACGAAGGAUUCCCACUACCAACCAACACCCAAUUCCCAAUGUAUCAAUGUGUAGCCCAAAUAACACUCAAUAACGAUGUCAACAGAAUCUUGUCAAAAACUAAGGAUGGAAAUGUGUUGUUGGCAGCAAAAUCAACCGAUGUGUAUUUGUUCAACCUAAACAACCUGGAUUAUCACCAGGAAGUGAAGAAUUUGGAACCGAUUUGUACCUUAAAAGGCCACCAGGAUGAAGGAUAUGGGCUGUCUUUCAACUCAAGUUGCACCAAUUUGGCCUCCUGCUCUGAAGACGGACUGAUGUUUAUCUACGAUUUGAACAAAAAUGAGGCCGUUUAUAAUUACAAGCAUUCUGGAGGACUUAACUGUGUAGAUUACUCAAAGAGUAAUGAAUCCAACUGUUUUGUCGCCACUGAAGAUGGCUAUGUCCUACUGAUCGAUACUAGGCAAAAAACAUCACACCUUAAGACUAGAAAAGUUGGUGGUGCCGAAAACUCAGUGUCAACAACUGUCCAUAACCCGAAUGUCUUCGCAUCAGGGUCAACUAAAGGGGAAAUCCACCUAUGGGACCAAAGAAACAUUUCCGAGCCUUUACAUUCAAUUUCUGUCCACAAAGGACCGAUCGUAAGACUGCACUUCAAUCAGCUAAAUAAGUCGCUGAUAUCUAGCGGCUCUGAGGACUUGACGAUCUGCGUACUUGACCUUGAGUCCGCAGGAAAAGAUGUCGACUCUACUGACUACGAUGAAGAGGACGAGGAAGACGACGCUCCUCCAGAACUUGUUUUCACUCACACCGGCCACCAGGAUAAAGUUUACGAUUUCGUUUGGAGCAAAAAUCAAGAAACCGAAAAUGUAUAA